AGCCACCAAGAGUGGAACAAGUUUUUAUCUCCUGGUGAGCAACAGCGGUUAGUGCUUGCUCGUGUAUUUCACCGCAAGCCUCAAUUUGUAGUACUAGAUGAAGCGACAAGUGCUAUGGACUACGAGACUGAGAAUUACUUGUACAAUGCUUUGAUAAAAGACAAUAGCAUCACAGUCAUAAGUAUCAGUCAUCACCCCAACGUUUUACAGCUUCACACGACACUUGUUCGUCUUGAUGGACAAGGAAACUACAGAAUUGAAGACAACGACAACAAGCAAGCAUCACUUGUAACCAUUUAA